UCCGUCAGCGACGUCUUCGCCUGGGCCCAGAACGCGCUCCGACCUCACCACCGCACCCAGCCUGGCGGCUCGUCUCGAUGCAGCCGUCGAUCGUGGUCACUGAGGAGAGCAGCCGCAUGCUGAGUAACGUAAACGCCGCCUUCCUGAUGGGUCCUGACGACGACUGGGCCGUAGGCGGCGGCAUGGCCAGCCCCACCUUCAGCCUGGACGAGCCGCCCGACACGGCAGCCAGCAGCGAGCCCACAGCCUCAGCCAUGGGGUGGUCGUCCGGUUACAUGAGCUCCGGACAGCUGCUCGCCACCGAACAAGCAGACCAGACCAGCCUGUCUGUGCCUCACAUCCGCGUGACCGACAGGUCGGCCUCAGGUGCGCCGGCCGAGCGCGCGCAGGGCGCCGUCCCCGACCAAAUACGACACCUGGUGCGUCGCUUCACGCAGCGCACCAACCGAGUCAAGUCGGUGCUGCAGGAGUCGCCCACCUCGUCAGCGUCCGGGAGCGGCGCAGGUGGGGAGGCCGGCCAGCGUAGCAUGCGGGUAGCCAACCAGCUCACCGACGGCGACGAGGAGGCGCCCACCGAGGCCCCGAGGCCGUCCUCUUGCCGUCUGGCCCUGAGCUUCUGCCGUACCUACUUCAUCAACCGGGCCAUCAACCCGCGAGGUGUUGUGUACCUCGUCUGGCUGGCCAUCAUAUCCAUCUUUUUCACAUACAACAGCUGGGCGAUACCCCUUCGUGCUGCCUUUCCUUUCCACACCCCAGAGACAUCCAGGUACUGGUAUACCUUUGACUAUAUGGGAGACCUGUUCUACUUGCUGGACAUCAUUCUAUUCAAGUCACGCGUGAUGUUCGUGAAGAAUGGUUUUUGGGUGAAGAAUCCUGCCGAAAUCCGACAACACUACACUUCACAGCCCAUAUUCUUCCUGGACGUCAUCUCACUGGCUCCCAUUGACAUCUUCUACUUCUCAUACGGGCACCAGCCUCUACUGCGACUGAACCGACUGUUGAAGAUUCAGACGUACUGGAAGUUCAUGGACCGGGUGGACUCGCUGUUGGCGAUGCCGCACUACGUGCGAACCAUCCGUACCGUUGUCUACAUGCUCCUGCUGAUUCACGUCAACGCCUGCGCCUACUAUGCCGUCAGCCUGUGGGAGGGCAUCGGCACCAACGGCUGGGUCUUCGACGGCAUCGGAAACCCCUACGUGAGAUGCUUUUAUUUCGCCACCAAAACGGCUACAUCCAUCGGCAAAAACCCAAAACCCACCAACGAGUUCGAAUAUGUCUUCAUGACGGGAAGCUGGCUGAUGGGAGUCUUCGUAUUCGCUCUUCUGGUUGGUCAGAUCCGUGACAUCGUGGCCAAGAUCACGCGCACACGCGAUGAGUUCCGCCAGAUCAUGGACAGCACCGUGCGCUACAUGCAGCACCUGAGCCUGCCGCCGGCGCUGCAGGAGCGCGUUCGUCUCUGGAUGCACUACACGUGGCGGCAGCAGAAGUCGCUAGACGAGCUGAAAGCACUGGAGGUACUACCACACAAGCUGCAGACGGACAUAGCACUGAGCGUGCACUCGGACACCCUGAAGAAAGUGCACCUCUUCCAGAACUGCGACGAGGCUCUUCUACGUGACCUGGUGCUCAAACUGAAACCCAUCAACUAUCUGCCCGGGGACUAUGUCUGCAAGAAGGGAGAGGUCGGUCGGGAGAUGUAUAUCGUCAAGUCCGGCCAGGUGAUGGUGAUGGCCGGCAAGGCUGUGCUGGCCACGCUGCAGCAGGGCAGUGUCUUCGGCGAGAUCAGCCUGCUCGGUCUGGCCGGACUCAGCCGACGCACCGCCGAUGUCAGAUCGCGUGGGUUUUCCACUCUUUUCGUUUUGAAUAAAACAGAUUUGCAGGACGCGAUGAAGUACUAUCCAGAUGCACAAGAACUGCUCAGGAAGCGUGCAAAAGCCUUAAUCAAGAAGAACGCAGCUAUGGCCGCUGAGAACGGUGAAGACGGCGACGGCGAAGAAGUCAUCAUCAAGAGAAGACGCCCCUCCACACCCAAGCUGCUUCAUGCGGUCCUUCAGGUGGUGGAGCCGAGCUCGAUGACGGCGUCGAUGCUGCGUCAGCGGGGCGGCGGCGCCUGCUCGCAGAUGGAGCUGCGCGUGCCCAGCAGCCUGUCAGUCGGCCGCUACUCGCCCAUGUCUCUGCCGCCGGGCCUGGCCGCGGCCGGCAGCGAGCUCCAGCCACAGCGCUCCGAGUCGCUGACCGAGGAGGACGAGGUUCUGGUGAUCGACAAGAGCAAGCUCCCGCCCGCGCAGAAGACCGGACGGCCCGUGCCCCCGAGGUUUGCCGCCAAUGCGCCGGACACGAAAGUCACCAUCUCGGAAAAGAUUCGUCACCGGCUGCCCUACACAAUAGGGACGAGGUCGCUAACGUCGUCCAGCGGUGACCGGAGUAGUCGCAAGCUGAGCCGACAGGCGGCCGUGGUGACGCCCGACUCGGAGAGCUGCGCGGAUCAGACGCCGGUGAAGUCGUCCCUGGCGUCCGCCAUCGACCGGGGCCGCUCGUUGCCGUCGGCGGGGGCGCCGUCCUCCGCCCGCUCGGCAGGGUGGCGCCAUAACCGCGUCGUCCCUGAGAGUUCGAUCAUUCACUGCUCGGCGAUGAUCCACCGGGAGAGGACGCCCACGUCGGACGCUCGUCAGCAGAACGGCGUGGCGGACAACGACAGGUUCUAGACGGCGGCCACGUCCGGAGGACGUGCCGUGGAGUGCGCUCGUUCAACGGCGCUGGCCUGGCAGCUCCAGGGAGCUACGCCUCGAUUCAGCGAUGGAAUUAUUUUAAGCCCAGAUUAUCCCGCACUUCUACCCAACUGUGUUUCGUGCCUCUGUCACAAAGCAUUCUGCCCUUUUGAAGGGAUGCGCUGCGUACCUCUGUCACCGACGGUUCCCCUUGUGCCUGUAUGAAGUUGUGCUUCUUUCGCCUUCUGAGCUCUAAUUAGUGUCCCUGCUAAAUUGUGUUCGGCGGUCCCAGGGCGUCCGGUGCCAUUCAAGCCGUCAAUAGAUCCGAAUUUUGAUGUAUCCUCGUAUAAUCACCGCUUCUCACUGGUAUCGCAUGGGUGCGUUAUUUAGCUACAAAUCCCUCUGCGUCAUUUCCUUCCUUGUUGACUCUCAUUUCCAGUGGCUGGGCCGUGACCCGUGUUAUCAUAGUUCUGCAUCGGUGUAGUGGCUGUUGAAGCGGAGCCUUGAGUCGCAGCGGAUCGGAGGCACUGCUGUUCACCUGUUCGUGCGUGACAAGUACUGUAUAGCACAAUGUAUGUUCGUGCUACACUUGUUACCUUGUGCCCCUGUUAGUAUAUUGUGCUUCUCUCCAAGUGUAGGUACACUUGUUAACUCGAAGAGUUCGGUGGUAAGGUCCCUUUGAAAUGAAUAUGCUGUCGGAGUUCACCGUCUCGUUCUGUCGCUGGGGCUGAUCUGGAACAGCAAUUUUAGCGUCUGCUUCGGCUCGUCGAAUCUGAAUGAAACAAACGUGGCAUUGUAAGGGGGUAUCAGCGGGGUGUAAUUAGUGUCAAUGAAA